AUGGCUGAAAUCUCAAUGAAGCAGCCUCUGAUGGUCGAGGAGGGGCAAGAGUCCCGGCAACACGAGCGAGCACCAUCGCGGAAGAGGCGCAUGGUUAGCUUGCUCAGAAAGCGCUGCCUUGCCAUCUGUCAAGUGAGCAUCUUGCUAUACAGCUGCUUCAUAAUCUACCAGCUAUGGCAAUCAUACUGGUCUGGCGCCAUCCCUGACGUGGCCAAGGUGCAGCAAUGCGCGAUAAAUAGCUUCCACUCCAGCCUCUCAUUCCUGGACCCGGCGGUGCCCAUUACAUCGGAUGAGUUCCUCGAGCGGCGGGACCGGCUCGCACAAACUCUGGUGGCAUCAGACGUCGAUGCAUUUGUGCUCGAGCCUGGUUACACAUUCCAGUACUAUGGCAACAUCUCCCAGGUAGACUGGGAGCCCUGGGAGCCCGAAGAACGGCCAUUCUUGAUAGUCAUGCUCCCGCAGACCUCGGAUUCCGGAGAAGUUACCGCAAAGACGGCAUACCUGGCCCCGUAUGUCGAAGAGGGCCGAGUCCGUAUGCUCGGCAUACCCUCGCGAGAAGCCGAGUUGGAAAUUGUCAUCUGGGAAGAGCAUUGGGACCCGUACGGUACGCUGCUCGAGUCCAGACUCUUCGCCGGUUCCAAGGCCGCGAGAGGAGGGCGCAAGCCGAAGCUCAUGGUGGACGAGGAAAUCCGGGACUUCAUUCCCCGCGGCCUCGCGGCUUCGGGCUUCGAUACCGUUGGCUUGAGCCCAGAGGUGGAAAUGGUCCGACAGAUCAAGAGCCCGGCCGAGGUGGAGCUGCUCCGAGUCGUCAACACGGGCACCGUCGUGGCGGUCCGGGCUAUGAGGCCUUGCCUUGUGCCUGGGCUGACUGAGGAGGAGGUGAGGGAUAUUCUUGAUGAGACAUUGCUAUCUGUGGGCUUUGGUCUCUUCUUCAAAAUCGUGCUUUUCGAGGAGGACGGAGCGCUUCCGCAUGGAGGCUUCGUCGUGGGCGGUAAGAAGGCGACUGAAGAGACGAUGAUUGUCAUUGACGUGGGAGCACACUACUUGGGAUACUCGUCGGAUAUCUGCCGCAGCUUUUUCAUCGACCCUGUACCUAGUCCCCGCCCAUCUAUCCUUAGGCCACUCACCCGCUUCCUCCAUUGGAUCCGCGUGCUGCCUCGGGACCCCCACGUGGCUGAGAAGAAUCCGGAACUGCAUGCCGAAAAGCUGAAGGUCUGGCAAACCGUCCUAGAUGCCCAGACUGCCGCUGCUGCUGCGUUCGUGCCGAAUGGCACUGCGGCGAGUGUUGACUUAGCUGCUCGCGGUGUCAUUGACGAUGCCGGUUAUGGCGAGGCCUUCACACAUCGACUUGGCCACGGCAUCGGCAUCAAAGCCCACGAGUCACCAUAUCUCAACCAGUGGAACACAAAGUCGAUACUUCAGCCCGGAAUGGCUUUCACCAAUGAGCCUGGGAUCUACUUGGAGGGAAGAUUUGGGGUUCGCCAUGAGGAUAUCUACCUUGUCAAGGAAGAUGGCGAAGCUGAACUGUUGACGGGGCGGAGAGCAGUUGGUCCAUACGACCCUUGA